AUGGAUGGCUGGUCAGUUCAUCUCAAUCCGAAGUAUGCUGGUGUCAAAGAUGAAGAACCUUGGGCAUUUCAUCCAUAUGUAAACGCUAACAAGGAAGAUGUCGAUAAGAAGCCCACCGUGCCUGCUGUGAGAGAAUCUAAUGGACUUGAUUGGCUGUUCAUUUUCUUCAUUUUAUCAUUAGUGGCUACGGUGCAAGCAAUACUGGCCGUUGGAAGUUAUUCUGGCGAGGGCAAACCUCCAAUGUUUGGUGAUUUCGAGGCUCAACGGCACUGGAUGGAGAUCACAUACCAUCUUCCUGCGCGCCAAUGUUAUGUUAUGGGAUUCAUUGCGCACAUCAUCAACCCAAAAUGGGUAUCGUUGCACACUAGCAGAGGCAUUCAAAAUGCUGCUCACAAGAUGUACAUGCGUGUAACUGCCAUUCUUCCAUUCUACAUAGUCUAUGCUCCUGCUUUGUUGUUCUUCAUUUUCAACGAAAAAAGUAGCGAAAAGCCGGUCUGUCCUUUUCCUUCUUUAUUACCGCGAUUGUAUAACAGCAUCUCGCUAGGAUUAUUUCUCUUGUCUUUUCUACUUCUUGUCGCUCAGCGACGUCUUCUCGGAUCCAUGGCUUUUGUUCUUGCUCUGAACUAUAAGCAGAUGGAGUUAUACCAUGCUCUACCUAUAUUUGUGUUCAUUCUGGCGCGAUCUCUGAAGAGACCGAUUAUGCCGAAUCUGGUGGAAAGCUUUGUAUCCGUUGGGAAAGUUGCUACAGUUGUUUUGCUUUCAUUUGCUUUGCUCUGGUUACCAUUUAUUCUUAAUGGAACACAAUGUGUUUUGGCGGUUCUUGGACGAAUUUUUCCUUUCUAUCGUGGAUUGUACGAGGUAAGUGCAAACAGGUGCACCUUCAUGUGUUUUUUCCAUUAUAAAAUAUGGUUUCUUUUUGUAUAAGA